UUUCUCUAGUUUUUUAAUAAAUUAGUUUUUCAUUUUUUUUUAUUAUUUAAUUUUCAAAAUGAAAAUUGCACUAAUCUAAACGGCUUACAACGAUUGAUUAUUAGAAAUUAUAAAACAAGAAAAAAAAAUUUCAUGAAAUUAAAAACGAAAUAAAUCGAGAAAUUAAAAAUAAAUGAUAAUGAACAGCUUGUUAGUUAACACGGUCUUACACUAUCACAUACAUAUUGGCAUAAUUUUUGAUUUAAUUAAAAUAACUAAAUGAUUCAUUUCGCCUCAGUUGGCGGCCUCACUACAAUCUAAUGCUGUUGUUUUUAUUACAAAACUUUACAAAAUUUUUGUCCAAAAGAUAUUUUAAUAUAAACACGGUUUGGCGCGUUUUGCGUUACGUCAAUCGAUAUAAUAUGCAAGGAAUGUAUUCAAUAUUUAGAAAAAAAAAAGAAAUUUUCAUAAACCGAAGUAGGCCUUCCGUUUAAAUACUGUCCCAAUAAAAAUACCCACCCAAAUCAAAUCCAAACGAGCUGGUGUUACAGGCGCCCUGCACAACAAUUAAAUGGGAAUCGUGUCUCAUAAUUUCGAAAUCGAAACGUAUGCGUGCGAGUGCAUAUGUUAAGUGAAUAAACAUUUUAUGUGUAUGUACUUAGCAAACUAAGAAAGUUGAACAAAGUUUAGAUGAAAAACAACAACAAACGCAAUUACGGGAGUGUGAAAGAAAAGAGUAAAUAUUUAUAAUAAGCAACAAAUGCUUCGAAUAAGUCGGCUGUAAUUAAGUGGCCAAUCGUUCUAAUGUUUCAAGUCGUUGGUAAACUAAUUACAAGAAGUGAAUAACAACAUUGUUAAAUACAUAAUAAAUAUUAGAAAAUCUUCAGAAUAUAUAAAGUCUGAAAUGAAGUCUCUUAAAUGGUUUCAUUGGCUUGUAAUAUUAACUGUGUUCGUACUUCCAUCUUCUAUUGCCAAAAUCAACGAAUUUCGAGGCCAUACGAGGGAAAUAUGCAAAUACCGUAAAGGAAAAUUGUUGCAGCCUUUUAGCGAACAUCGUCGUCGUUUGUUUGCGGUGCGUGAACAAAUGCAAAUACACGCCUCAUUGGAAGGACCAGAGAUACACGCCUACAUAUUACCAUCGUACGAUGAACAUUUAAAUCAUGAGGUUGCUCCAUCGGAUCAACGCUUGCAGUAUUUAACUGGUUUCACUGGAACGAAAGCUUUUGCUGCCAUCACUCAGAAAGGAGCCGCUUUAUGGGUAGAAAGUCGUUAUCUUCAACAAGCCGAUGGAGAACUGGAUUGUGAUUGGGAACUAUUUCGUGUAAAUGAUUCGAUUACCAUAGCCGAUUGGCUAGAUGAUCAACUGCAUCCCGAUAAGCGUGUCGGGGCUGAUCCUCAUUUGGUGCCUCAUUAUUUAUGGGUGAAAUGGGAAAAUCAACUAAAAGAUAAAUUUCUAGUACUUACGAAAAUAAAUAACAAUUUAAUAGAUCUUAUAUGGGGUGAAGAACGCCCCGAAUCGCUUAAUAUGACCAUUCAGGUGUGGGAGAGAUCCUAUGCUGGUGAAAAAUGGGAGGAUAAAAUUCUUGAAUUACGUCAGAAACUUUAUUAUCAUAAAUGUGAUGCAAUGAUUGUAACAUCGUUGACGGAAAUUGCCUAUCUAUUGAAUGUUCGAGGCCGAGAUAUACCUUACACACCGGUCGUAAAGUCUUAUUUGAUUGUUAGCCAUCAGGAUAUAUUCUUUUAUGUGGACCGCUUAAAAAUGACUUUGGGUUUAAAUUGGCAUUUACGUACCGAUUGUUUUAAUGAAAUGUGCGUGAAAAUUAAAGAAUACCAUCAGGUAUGGAGUGAUAUGCGCACAUAUUCACAGAUUUGGAAACGCGUGCUGGUGCCAGCACGUUGCGUUCAAGAGCCCGGAGCAUCUGAGGCAAUUUUUUCAGCUUUCCCCUUAAAAAUUAUUUACGAACAUAUAUCGCCCGUGAUAUUAAUGAGAGCUCAAAAGAAUUCAGUUGAACAAGACGGCAUGCGUACUGCACAUGUUCGAGACGGUGCUGCCAUCUGUGAAGCGAUAAGCAAUUUAGAAAUGCGAUUCUUUACUGAGCAAUGGACUGAGGAAAAGAUCAAAUUUGAGGUUGAACGAUCUCGGCUUUCUCAAAAUCAUGCCAAGGGUUUAUCAAUGCGCACCGUAGUUGCCUACGGUGAACAUUCCUCUUAUCCGUAUUAUAUUUCUAGCAAUGUCACAGACGUUGAGGUUACCGAUCAAAGCUUUCUGGUGAUAGAAUCAGGCGGCCAGUAUUAUGAGGGAACCACAGAUGUCUCGAGAACAUUCUUAUUUGGUCAGCCUACACCAGAAAUGAAACAGUCUUACACAAUGGUCUUGGCUGGCAUAUUGAGAUUAGCACACUUAAAAUUUCCCUCCAAUUUAAGGCUAUCCGAAGUAGAUGCUUUAGUUAGAAGCCCCAUAUGGGAGUCAAUGAGCGAUUAUCCUCAGGCUACCGGUCAUGGAAUAGGCUCCUAUAAUGCUGUAGAAGAACCACCUAUAUCUGUGGCGUACGGUCAAGAAAGUCAUUUCCAUUUCAAAGAAGGCUAUUUCUUCUCCAGCGAAUCCGGUUACUAUAAGCCGGGCGAAUACGGUGUACGACUUAAGAAUGUCCUAGAAGUAAAAGAUACACAACGCGGCCACCCUUCAGGGGCUACAUUUUUAGCAUUCCAUGAUGUUACUUUAGUGCCUUACGAACCUAAACUAAUCGAUGGUACUUUGUUAAGUGCCUUAGAGAAACGUUGGCUUAAUGAGUACAAUGCAAAGAUUCGUGAGCUGGUCGGCGAUGAAUUGAAACGUCAAGGCAAUAUGCAAGCAUUUUAUUGGAUGAUGAACAAAACGCGGCAUAUACGCGAAUAUUUACCUGAGGAAGAGUACCGAGCGGCCACCGGUACGGGUAAUCGUUCACGUGCUUUCCUAACCAUCAUAGUGCCAGCAAUAUUAUUAGGUUUAACUGUCUUUGGUAGCUUUUUGCGAUGGUUACUAUAGAUAGUGAAAAGCUUUCUAGUUCUAACAGUCGUAGCUACUUUAAUAUAACGAUCAAUGAAAGAAUGUGACGUAGCAAAAGAAAGAAUAUAUGUACUUUUAUUGAAUAAGGUUUAGUUUUAAAUGAGUUUAGGGAAAAAUGUUGUAAUCUCAACGCUACAGGUUAUGACAAAAAACUAAAUA